AUGGAACAACAAAAUAAUACUACUAUUUUAAAUGAUAGUGCUGGUGUUCUACCAAUGGAUACUGGUGUAACAUAUAAUGGUCUUCAUGAUGAAAUUAUAGAUAGUCCAUCAUCAUCGGCUAAAGCAGGUGCAAAAAAAGGUCGUGGUCGUCCACCAAAAUCUACAAAUACAAUAAAAGCAAGCAGUGCUUCUGAUACACCAAAACGUGGACGUGGUCGACCACCAAAAACAGGUGAAACACCAUCAUCAAAAAAUAAGGUUACUGCAUUAAAAAAGAAAAAUGAAGAAAUAUCAACAAAUGUUGAUGCAAAUAAAAGAAAACGUGGUAGACCAUCGAAGAGCAGUACAUCAAAUGAACAAAUCAAUGGAAUAAGCAAACCACAUGUUCAAGUAACUCCGGUUUUAUAUCAACAAGAAAAACAAGUUGUUGCUGAUGAACCAACAAAGAGAAAACGUGGACGACCAUCAGGAUCAUCACAAAAAAAAAUUGUAGUAGCUGCAGUAUUAACACCAUCAAAAGAAGCAUCACCAACAAGAAAACGUGGUCGUCCAUCAGGAUCUGGUAGUAAUAAAAAAUCAUUACCAAAACCUAAGGCACCAACUAGUACUGAUGGUUCAGCUAGAAAACGAGGUCGUCCAAAAAAAUUAACAACAACAUCAUCAAUAAGUGAACCUACCGCAUCAAUUAAUGAAACAGCUAUGGGUGGUACACCAAAUAAUGUUCAAUAA